AUGAGCCUCCUCAAAGAGCGGAAACCCAAGAAGCCCCACUACAUCCCCAGGCCCCCAGGGAAGCCCUUCAAAUACAAAUGCUUCCAGUGCCCCUUCACCUGCAAUGAAAAGUCUCACCUCUUCAACCACAUGAAGUAUGGCCUCUGCAAGAACUCCAUCACCUUAGUUUCCGAGCAAGAUCGGGGCCCCAAGUGCCCUAAAUCUAACGCGCUCGACCCCAAGCCGACCGGCCAAACAGACCCUGCAGCCAAGCCUGCCUCCUCCAAGGCAGCGACAAGUGGACUCCCUGGAUUUGACUCGAAACUUCAGCAGAGCUUUGCCAAGGAGGACACCAAGGAAAACGUGGAGCUGAAGACUAGGGGGACCCCCCAGUGCCCUCCAAAGCCAGGCCUCCUCAAGGACACGGCACCCCUGAGCCCAGCUCCAGAAGCAGCACUGGGCACCCAGGCUGCCCUGGAAGGUGUGGUCCGGCAUUCAGCGUUUGUUCCGGUCGGAGAGCACAGACUGAAGGGGCCGGAGAAUGCAGAGGCCCCGGAGCUGCUGGCGGUGGCGUCCCCCGCAGCCAAGGCCACUGCCUUCCACACCAAGUCCGCUUUCCACACUCCCAGCUAUCCCUGGAAAGCCACUUCCCCAUUCCUUGCACCGGAGCUUCCACACAGAAUGCCACCAACAAAGGGCUUCAGCGCCAUUCCCCCCUACAUGCACCCCACCGUGUCAGAGUACCCCCCACACUUCCACACGGAACACGGACUGGCUGCCAUCUAUUCCCCCUACCUCCUGGCUGGGAACCCACCUGAGUGUGACCGGCCCCUGCUAUCCCUCUAUGGAGCCCAGGACCAAAGGCCCUUCCUGCCUCACCCAGGACCAAUUCCCAAGCACCUGGGUCCGACUCCGUCCACAUACGACCACUAUAGAUUCUUCCAGCACUACCCUUCCAAUCUGCCAAUUCCUUAUGGGUUUUACCGGCCAGAGUCAGCCUUCUCCUACAGCCUCAGGCUGCCCCCGGUGGCUGGCAUCACGCAGGAUCAGGGCUCUCAGGCACUGGAUGAGGCCACUCUGCUCUUCCCAGCCUCAAGUCCUUCCAAGCUGACCCCUUCCACCUCCCACAAGAAACACGCGGCACGGGAGAAGGAAAGCCCCCUUCCAGAGGCUAAAGACGCUUCCAAGGACGGGCAGGGGGACGCUGAAGGGGCCAAGAUGAGUCCCCGUGAGGGCAGCGCAGCCACAGGCUCCCCAGGGAGGCCAAGUCCCACCAACUUCACACAAACCAGCCAGCCAUGCGAGGGGCUGUGCGACCUGUCCAACAAGCCAGCCCUGGGCACGCUGGGACGGCCCCACCAGCUGGAACGCAGCCUCACCGCCUUCAAACCCAUCCAGAAAAGCUGUGAAGGCCCCUCUUCCCAGGCUUCUGCACAGGGGGCAGCGUCGCCUGACAGCUUCGAGGCCAUACCUGGGGAACCUCCCGCCCAGACAGGAAGCGCCACUCUGGUCGCAGAAGCCCUGCCUUCCAGCUCAGAAGACAGCUCCAGGAUAAGCCCCCUCAACCUUUCCAAGAGGGCAGAAGCCAGGCCGGCAGCAGCUCACGGCCCCGUGUACCGGGGUUGCCUCCUGGAGGAACCCCCCAGCUUCCCAGAGCUACAGGACCUGCCCCUUAACCUCUCAGUUAAAGACCCCUGCAAUGUGCGGCCCCCAGGGCCCACAUUGACCAGCCCGCUCACAGAAGAUGCCAGCGCUGCCACUGCUGCUCAGGAAAAGAAAGCAGGAAGUCCCAGGCACGGACCAAGCCACCCCGAGCCACAGGACAGCCCCAACAAGGCCCCAGAGUGCAGCCCAGACAGGAAGGCCCGUGAAGCAUGUGAGGAAGACAGCGGCGACGAGCAGAAGCAGACGGCAGCUGUGGCCCUGUGUCAGCUGGCAGCCUACAGCCCAGGCAACGUCAGGGUGGGCGACGGGGAGCCUGCAGCCCAGGAGCCGGCCUGCCCACAGGACUCGUCUCCUCGCAGGUCCACAGACAGCCAGGAGGCUCCGUGUGACCUCAGGCCCAGAGGGACAAAGAGGACAAGCCAGAGAGAUGCAGGGAAAUCCCAGCCAGGAAGUAAGAGAACGAAGGCAAGCGACACGGCCAGGGUGCUCACCCUCCGGAGAAGAGGCCGGGUGUCCUAG